AUGGGCCUGUUCGCCUCGUUGCUCUGCUGCAAUCUGGACGCCAACGACUCCGACGAUAAGGACCACAAGAGCAGUCCCCGGAGCGCCCUGCCCAAGUCAAAACCGCCAUCUUCUUCGCCGAAACCGCUGACUUCGAAGGUUCCGGUGGUGAAACAACAAGCCAAGAAGAAAGAAACAAAGAAGAAGGACUUGGACGACGACAAUUCUGUAAACGAGACCGAUACGAUUACCAAUACGAACGAAGAGCUGAACCCGACGCCUACGCUAAAUAAUAACAGCAACCAGCCGGCGCCUCAGAUGCUGGAGAACCCGAUUCUGAAUUUGCAGAAUGAAGACCAGGAGCGUACUGAGGCCCAGAUCGCCGCCGACGUGCAAGAACAACUCAGCAACUCCAGCGACGUGGAAUCCGAGUUUGACUUGACCAAGUUACAGGAGGGCCAGGCGUUUAACCCUGAGACCGGCUUUCUCCUAGGGCACAAGAACAAGAAGAAGUACGGCAACAAAAAGUGUCUUAUUUUGGAUCUUGACGAGACUUUGGUCCAUUCGUCGUUCAAGUACUUGCGCACAGCUGAUUUUGUUAUCCCAGUAGAGAUUGACAACCAGGUUCACCACGUGUACGUGAUUAAACGGCCUGGCGUCGAUGAGUUCUUGGAAAAGGUUGGCAAGUGGUUCGAGGUGGUGGUUUUUACCGCUUCUGUUUCCAAGUACGGUGAUCCUUUGCUCAACAAGCUUGACAUCCAUCGUGCCGUCCACCACCGCUUGUUCCGUGACUCGUGCUACAACUACCAGGGAAACUUCAUCAAGAACUUGUCCCAAAUUGGCCGGCCCUUGAGCGAGUGUAUCAUUAUUGAUAACUCGCCUGCCUCGUAUAUCUUCCAUCCGGAGCAUUCCAUCCCGAUUUCCAGUUGGUUCAGCGACACUCACGACAAUGAGUUGUUGGACUUGCUUCCGUUUUUGGAGGAUGUCUCCAAGCCCAACGUUGACGACGUUGCCAAGGUGCUUGACAUCGGCUUGUAG